UUUUUGUUUUCGUUAACACCAGCGUUACAACCCGGUUAAUUAAUCCCACGGCAGAGGGCUCGGCCAGACUCUCCCCCGUCCGUCCGUGCCGCUGCUAGACUCACCUCUCUGUGAAGUGGUUCAGUCCCGUUAGAAGCAGCAGCCGGAGGCAGCAGGUUCCUCGCGAGCCACGACAUGAAAACCCCACCGAUGAACCGCGAUUCGCUCUAAUAACGGACCGUAUCAUGACGUUUUACCGGGCGGCCACUUUCCUCACAGCACUGGUCUUUGUCUGCGACGGUGUGCAUGUCACAGUGCCGGAGAAGCAGCAGUUGGCAAUGCUAUUCCAGGCCGUGGUCCUCCCCUGUCACUACCAAACCUCGUCCAGGCAGACUCCUGUGGUGCAGUGGUGGUACAAGUCGUACUGCCGGGAUCGCACGCGAGACUCCUUCACCCUGCCGGAGACUCUGGGCAGGACGGCCUCUGAGCUGGGAGCCACAGCUCACCUGGAGUGCUCCGACAACAGCCGCACAGUUCGGGUGGUGGCCUCGCUGCUGGGAGCCUCCUUGACCCUGGCCGAGCACUACAAAGGCAGAGACAUCUCCAUCAUAAACAAGGCUGACCUCCGUAUCGGGGAGCUGCGGUGGGGGGACAGCGGGGUGUACUUCUGUAAAGUUAUUAUUGCCGAUGAUCUGGAGGGAAAGAACGAAGCACAGCUGGAGCUGUUGGUUCUGGGCCGGACAGGUGAGCAGCAUGAUCUACUGCCUGAGUUUGAUGUGGAGAUUAUGCCAGAGUGGGCGUUUGUGGGGUGUGUAUCCCUGGGCAGUGUCUUGGUCCUGCUCUUGUUGGGGAUCUGUUGGUGCCAGUGUUGUCCUCACUCGUGCUGCUGCUAUGUGCGCUGCUGCUGCUGUCCUGACACCUGCUGCUGUCCCAAACACUUGUAUGAAGCAGGAAAGAUGGCAAAGAGUAGAAAUCCUCCUCAAGUUCCUUUGUUUCCUUACUAUAUUCCUGGUGUUCCUGCUGUGGUUUCUGUGGCACCUUCAUCUCACCUGGACCCCAAGAUCUCCUCAGUACCAUCAAUGGAGAAUAACUUAGCUGGAGUGCGCAGUGGUUACAGACUGACAUCCAAACCCGAGCAGAACUCAAUGAGAGUUCUGUACGACAUAGAGAAGGAGCUGGCUCAGUUCCCCUCCAGUACCGUGGCUGCUCUCAAACCCAGCAGCUUGUCUGAGCUGAGCUCCCUUCAUGAUGGAGGAAUCCCAGAUUUCAGACAAACCUACCAGACGGUCCAGAUGAAGGCGCUGCCGCCCAUCGACGACCACGAUGACCAGCUGCGGGCCUCUCCGCCUCCGCAGAGCCGACGGCCCUGGAGAGACAAGGUCAACCACUCAGAUGAUGAGCUGGACCGCAGGUGGAACCCGCGGUCCGAACACCUGCAGAGGAAGACUCUGGGCAGAAGGGGGCGCACUGGCUCCCUGGAUGAGCUGGAAGAAUUUGCUCGGUCUUACAACUCUCGAGGACGCCGACCUGAAGCCCCAGAGCGGCCGUACAGGCGGGACUACAGCCCUCACAGGCGCUUCUACCCGGAUGAAGAAGACAGGUGGGGGCGCCACAGCCCCUCGCCCCCACAGAGGAGAAGGGGAACUUGGGACAGUGACCGCCUGACCAAACCGUCACAGAGCAGAAGCUAUGAUGAUGACUUUCUGAACAGCGUGCUGGAGAAAAAGGCCAGAGCCCGGGGAGGGGAGCGGGGCGCAGCGAGGGGGGACGAGGACAGCGACACCCCCUCCAAAGGCAGCUCCAGAGGAAAGGGCAGCAACAGCUACUACAGCCGGUCCCCUAGCAACCGUCCGGACGAGGAGGACCAUUUGCCUCCGUACUCUGAGAUAGAGUUUGAGCGGUACCGCAGGGCGGACCAGACCACAGAGCGGUACCGAACCCAAGAUCCCCCAAGAUCAGAGAGAUACAGGACUGUUGAGCCCCCCACACGGACCGUCUCUCACAUGCGCCCCCACCAAGGCAUGACCCAAACAUUGCAGGGGGGCAGGGACGAGCGCGACAGACAGCGAAACCUGCUCCAUCCACACGUUUACUGGCUUAGCCCACAAAACAGCAGCUGCAUGAAGCGCUGACUCUGCAUGAGCAUCUCUAACCUGUGGCUCUCGCUGUAUUUCCCUAACAGACUUCUGCACUGAGCAGGGACUCCCUCAUUGUGUGACAAGGCCUCCCCGCCUCCCCGCCCACCUGCCCCACCCUCACUCUUCCCUCCUCUGUCACUGUCAUCAUCCUGCAGCAACACAGCAGAGGCUCAGAGACACUCCCAGUCUGACAUGAAGAUAAACUUCUCUGCAUUCAUUCCUAUUUAUCCAUUCUUGUGAACCUGUGGAUGAAACAAUUUCUUAAAUCUGGUCUUAAUUGUUUGUGUGUUCCGUGAAUAAGCAGUGCCAAUGUGUUUGUUUUUGUUUACACAACACUGUGUGGUGGCUCUGAGCAGCCUCCAGUCUUCAUACUUCCAGUGCCCUGCAGCUCAGGUUUUUUGUACAUUUUGCAUGUAAUUGUUCAUUUUCUGAUUGUGUACAAGUACUGCACUGAUUUGUACUUCAAGUGCGCUGCUGAGACAAAUUUCAAUAAAAAUACCUGGUUUGACUCAGU